AUGCCAUCCUUCCAAUUCCCCAUUCAUCUUCUAACUUUCCUCUACUUCUCACUCAUCGCCGUCUCAACCUCCGCCUCCCGCCGUAGUUUCGAGGUCGGAGUUUAUUCCACCAGAAACGCCCUUAUCGGCGUCUGCAACUCUGGCAAUUACCAAAUCAUCAACGUAGUUUUCACCGUUUCACUUGGCAACGCCCAAACCCCAGAAAUUAAUUUAAUCGACCACUGCAACUCAACCGCCGUCGAUGGCUGCACUAAAUUCAGCCAAGAAAUCAAGGCUUGUCAAGCUUCAGGCAUCAAAAUCAUGCUCUCCGUCGGCGGUGGGUCCGGUAAAUACAAUCUGAAUAAUUUCACCGAGGCCACGAACUUCUCCACAUACCUAUGGAACAAUUUCCUCGGCGGCCAAUCAAAUUCACGUCCGUUAAACGACGUGGUAUUCGACGGCGUGGACAUUACAAACGAGAGAAGCUCUUGGGACAAUUGGAGCAAACUCGGCGAAGAGUUGGGGAAAUUAUACGAAAAACAGGGGAAGAAAUUUUACUUAUCCGCCGCUCCACAGUGUUCGUCUCUGGAUUCGAGCUCUCAUUCGAUUCCGCAGCCUGGGAUUUUCGAUUAUAUUUCAGUUCAAUUCUUCGGUGACAAUCUCGUUUGCCAGUAUCUCAAUGGCCGAUUUGAGGGGUUUUGGAAAUUUUGGAAUGUGUGGAAGACAUUUAGUGCAGACAAGGUGUUUGUGCAAAUGCUAGCGGGUCCAAUGGCGGAAGAUAUGGGAUACAUUCCACCUGAUGUGUUCAGAAGUGAAGUAUUGCCGGAGCUUCAACGGAGUUCGAAAUUUGGCGGGGUGAUUUUGUGGUCGGAGGAUAUUGAUAAAGGAUAUAGUUCAAAGAUUAAUCCAAAAGUAUGUGGAUCAGUUGAGGCAGCGUCGGAAUCGGCAAAUGAAAUAGCGGAGUUUCCGAUGGGUAACAAUUAUGUUGGUCAACGAGGGUUUAGAAGUUGUAGAGGAUCUUGCGUGCUCUAAA